AUGUCUGAUCUGCUUAAUAGUUCGAAGCGGCCAGAAAUCAGCACUCCGUAUGACCCGGUGCACCUCACGCAUGUCGGCUUCAAUUCCUCCACCGGCGAAUUCACAGGGUUGCCGAAGGAAUGGCAACAGCUAUUGCAGGAAAGUGGAAUCUCGAAGAGCGAGCAAGAGAAGAACCCACAGGCCGUGAUGGAGAUCGUCAAAUUUUACCAAGAGAGCCGGGGCGACACUUCGGUGUGGGACAAGAUGGGGACGAUUGCUGCUCCCCAGCCUGCAUCUCAAUCAAAGCAGCAGUACGCUGACGAUGGGUAUCAGAAUCCUGUA